CUUUCACAGAGCUCCUGUGAAUGAAUGUCAGUGCUCGCUUGGGUUUAUAUGUGAAUGCAUCUGUCUGUCCUGCACUGAGCUCCCGGUUGACAACACAUCAUCCGCGCGGAGAACCCGGGUCUUUUCUACCGGACCGGACAGCUGUGAUCAUGGAGGAUACCAACUGAAGCAAUCACGGACAGAUACGCGUUCAUACCGACUAUGGCUGUAGACGCUGCGUCCAGCUUCAGUUUCUGUAGGACUGCGCUGGAUCACACGGUCUCAGCAGAGGAACUGACGUACCAGCUGCCCCAUAAGGCCGGGGGCAACCUUUCCUGGCAUGACGUGCAUGGGCAACGGGUAACAAGACGGGCCGUCAAACUACUACAGCAACCCGGCACAGAGGAAAUACAGAUUCAUCCAGGUGAAGCCUUCACUGUAUACCACACCAGUCCAACGCUCUCCAGUUUAUGCAAACCAGUGGUGCUGUGGACCCAGCAGGAUGUGUGUAAGUGGCUGAAGAAACAUUGUCCACACAACUACCUGACCUAUGUGGAAGCCUUCUCCCACCACGCUAUCACAGGUCGUGCCCUGUUGCGGUUGAAUGGGGAGAAGCUGGAAAGGAUGGGUAUAGUCCAGGAGACACUGAGACAAGAGGUCCUGCAGCAGGUCUUACAACUACAGGUCAGAGAAGAAGUGCGCAACCUACAGCUCCUUAGCAGAGCUUCCUUCGGCAACCUUUCUUAGCUCAUCUAUCCAUUUGGCAGCUCUCUUCUCUUCCCUACGGAUACAGAAGGCCCUCUUCCAAACUGACACAGACAGAGAGAAGAGAGAAAGAGAGAGUCUGCCUGGCUGCAGAUGUGGAGAAGACUGUUUACUAUACAAAUUUACUGGACAAGACUCUUUAUGUCUUUAUAUGCAUAACUGGAGGGGUUUCAAAGUCUGCAAGGAAAAUGGAAACAAUACCAGACUCUGACACUGUAUUAUAGCGAUAAGAAUUAAAUUACACCUCAUCUCCACCCAACCUAGAGCACCAACCAGAGAUGUGUCAGGAAGUAAGUACAACUCAACUUAAUUUGGAUUAAGUCAUGGACAUCCUGGUUGUCAAAGCCUCUCAUCCGACCCGAGGUUGAUCUUGGAUUUUGAAUCGGAAGUUGACCGGAGAUCCAAGGUUUAAAUGUUUGGUCAUCUCUGACAGCUCUUCUCUUUUACCCAGCAUCACUAGAUAAACACGAUAAUAGAUCAAUCCUCUCAGUAAAUCUGGAAAUACAGACGAGUCACUUUCCUACCUCUCGUAAUAGAUUGUAUCGUUUUGUUUGCAGAAAUAGGAUAAAGAGAAUUAGACGUACGCUAGAUUGUAUCCGGAGGCUUGAAUUCCCGAAAUUAAACCAUCCCAUAUUUGUACUAAUGCUGGUUUUAUUGGGGUUUUACACUGACAAUGAGUUUAGUAGUAAUUAGUAGAGAUUUUAUCUCGGUCAGUUGUGAAUUCCCUUAAUGUUUAAGUUACAUACAAUUUGUUAAUAAAUGGACAAUAAAUCUGAAUACUGAAUGUUAAUACUAGCACACCUAAAACCCAACCAUUAAUAUUUAUUUUCUUCUCAGGAGUUAAAUGUUUGCUUCCGGUGUCAUUCCUGUUGUUUUUUAUUUAUUAAAGCACCAAGUCAUAUUUUUUUACUAUGUAAACAAUGUAGAUUUUAAAUAUGUCCAUUAAACUGAAUAUGCUUUAUACUGCAAUUUAUGGAACAUACUGUAUAGGAGCAUUUGUAAAAGUCGGAGUUGUCUCUGUUUAUGAAGCAAUAAUGUAAAGUAAUGAUCUGCAUGGCUAGACCGUGAAUAGAAAAAAAUCCACAAUUUACAAUCUUAAACAUCACAGCACCUUUAGGCCUGAAUUAUCAAUUCUGCAUAUGUUUCUAGCUGAGAACAUAGCAAAAGUAAAUGCAGUUUAUAACACAAUGCAAGUGCAUAUGCUCAUCAUUGCCACAAGGGGCGCUAUAGCUGUGAAUAUUGCUGUGAAAUCUGUCAUUCAUGUCAACUACUGUUAAAGUCACCAUGAAACUGAAGCAUAUGUCUUUUCUGUUUCCUGGUGUAAAAAAAUUAGUGUGGGACUUGAUUUCGUCCAUCAAAAACUGAUUGGAUUGUUGAAAGUUGUUUGCUGCCUUAAAUUUUUACAUUUAAUCAACUCAGAUUAACAAGUAAUUUCAACUUAGUUUUAUUUAUUUUGACUAGAAAUGAGUUGCUACAACUUAUAAAAUGAAUUUGACUUAUUUCAACUAUAUUUUAGUCAAGAUAAAUAAUAAGUUUAAAUGACUUGUAAUUUUGAGUUUAUUAAGUUUAAACAUUUAAGGCAGCAAUCAAUUUUUUCACAGUGUCUCCUAUAGCCCCACCCUCGCAUCAUUCCUUAUGACAGGAAGUAAAGAGAGUUUGUUUCGAGGAGGGAACCUUUUUGAUAAAAUUUUAUGAGUUCACAUAAUUAAAAUAAAAAAGUAUAAAUUGCACAGAUAAGUCAUUUAUAAAAAAAACACUACAUGUCAUAAAAAAAUUUAGUUUUUAAUUUCAAUUUCAUGGCGACUUUAACUUUUGUUGGGCUAAAAAGGGAUAAAUCCAACCGGUUGAGUUGUAAUUUAAUCUAUGCUGACAUGUUCCAACCACUGAUCUAUAUAAAUGACUGGAUUGCGCAUGACGUCACACUUGUGAAGCCACCGCGCCGCCAUGUUGGUAUACCCAAACGUUCUAUUAAAUCAAUGGACGUUAUCAGAUUUUAAUGAUAAAACAUCACUUUACUCGUCUUUGUUUUUAUAUGUGAACUUACCCUGUACAUUAUUACAACACAAAAGUCCAAAGUAUGUAAAUAGUUAUUUACUGAAAGUUGUACAGUUUGCGUUUUAAUCAGUUAUUAUUCAUCUUUAUUACAGUAUCAGAUCUGCAGACAGACCGCAGCAUAUUUAGUAUUAAUGACAAUAAACGUGCUCAUUCUGAAAUCUAAAUAAAUAAUCAUGCUUUGUACCGUAUGUGCAUGCAAUAAUUAGCUAGUUUUGUAAUUAUGUUAUAUAAACUUACAAGUUACCUAAACAUAUUUAGAGAAAUAACGCUGACCGUCACAGUGUAGCUGAAUGUCAAACAAAACUUUAUUUAUACCCCUGUCAUUAACAAAUGCAACAGACACACUCACCUUAACGUUUUUUUAUAAAUCCAUUAUCCUGCCCGAUUAAAACAUAAACAUAGCAAAUAACACCAGAAUUAACAAAUAAUUAACGUACACAUAUCCUAAAAAUUAACCUUGUGUAACUGAUACGCUGUAAAUUUUGAUCAUGAUUUUGAAUAAAAGUCAAUGGGGCUCUCUGCCGGUUGAGUAUACCAAGAUGGCGGCUCGAACUAUGCGCUGGCUUCACCUCACGCAGUUACGUCAAGCGUUCUAUGCGCAAUCCAGUCAUUUAUAUAGAUCAGUGGUUCCAACCCAUUGGGUCAAAUCUUACGGAGCCCCUAAGGGGACGUGGAGACAAAAUUAAAUAAAGUUUACGCAAAACUAAACUUUUUUUUUUAAUUAUGCACAUUAAGGUUUCGCAUGAGCACAUGAAACUAAACCUUAGAUUUUUUUACUCCAAUGUCACCUUAGGGGCUCGGUAAAAUCAAAACAUUUUAUAGAUUAAUUUAACCAAUAUGAUCUUACAAAGUUCUGUGGGAUAGUCACGGAAUUUUUUGCUAAUUUUUUCGUGGCAUUCUCACAGAUCUCCGCAUUUUUCCAUGGCCCUGCCACAGAAUUUCUUUUCCGUGGUAUUCUCACGGAUUGGUUACUCAACUGCUUUUUCCUAUUUUCAAACCGUUGUCGCUUCGGUAAUGGUGUUAGAUUUGGUGUUUGCGUUAUAUGUCACUUUUUUUCUGAUGUAUUCUUUUAUAUUUUCUAAACUUUAAACAAUUGUUGUUGGGUUUGGAUAGGGAUGUCAUUUUAUGUAAAUCUAACCCUAAACCAAAGUGACAAUGAUAAGAAAAUAGGAGAAAAUAGUUGAGUAACCGAUACGUAAUAAUGCCACGGAAAAGAAAGUCUGUGGCAGGGCCACGGAAAAAUGCGGAGAUCUGUGACAAUGCCACAGAAAAAUUAGCAAAGAAUUCUGUGACUAUGCCACGGAAAUUCAUGAGAUUUGGUUGAAAAUAACUCGAUUGAAAACGUAGUUCCUGUCUUUUACUGAUUUCAUCUUUAUAAGUCCCAAAUUCCAGAAAACUACAACACUCAACAACACUGUGAAGUCAUUAGCAUGUUAAUAUAGCAGACUAGUAUAUAAAGAAAAUAUAUAAUGAUGGUGUUCAGAGAUUAUCAGCCUGAUUUACUGUAAAUUAAAGGCAUUUUUAUAAAGCAGUCAAAGUCUGAGUGUCUUAUGUUAGUCCACCUGUUUUUGUAACUGUUUUUAAAGAAUUAGGCUGACAGAAAACUGGCCCUAUACCACAAACCAACUGACUUCAUCUAGCACAGGAUUAAAAGUGUAUUUUAUGGGACUGACGCAAUUUCUAAAAUUCAUGUGACAUUAUGAUAAAUGAUUUUAUGGUGCAUUUUUCCUCCUUGACAGGCAAAGGGUUUCAUUUGGUACUUGUUAUGCAAAAAGUGUGAGUGUGUGGGGGGAGGUACAGUAUUCGGCGUGUAAUUACUUUCUGCUGGAAAAUACAGAAUAUAUAAAGACACGGGUGACAGCUGUAUGUUUGUGUUUUUGGAAAAACGUAAAAAAAUAAAGUUUUCUCAUAUGCAAUUUUUCUCUUGUUCUGUUGUUGUUUUAUUUAAUUUUUUUCAUAAUAAACUGUAUUGUUUUUUAUUACCUUAGAAUGAGAUUUUUUUAUCU